AUGAGGCGACUGCGUAGACGGCAAACAAUUCAGACUCCAGGAGAAGAAAAAGGGGAUAUAUUGUGGUACAUUGACAAGUACAAUAUGAAACCAUCGGAAAUCCUUUACACGACGAAACUCGCUAUUGCUAUCUUCUUCGAUAAUACUCUGCGUUAUUUUUUCACUUGCCACAAAGCUCAAGUGCUGCAGCAUGUCGAUGAGUUCCUGAUCCACCUCCCGCCUUGGCUUCGUGUCAAGCACCGCCACCGUGCCGAGAGCGUGGCAGUCACGACAGAAGAUCGUCGCACCAGCGUAGUAGCGGGUCUUCACGGCACCCGUAUCGCCCUUGACCAUCGGGUACUUGCGAAAAAGGAUAGAAUUAACGACGGUCAAAAGCACAUUAAUGCUCAAUUCUUCUAA